UUCAAAAUGGCGGAAAACCGAACAAAAAGAAUUUUCCGGAAAAAUACAUCCUUGUCACCGUAAUUCGCCAGAAAAGGACUUUGAUUACGUUGUAUUGAGCAUGAAGUGUUGUAUAAAUGAUUUGAGGUUGAUAGUGUUUUCCUUAACCGUUGUGUAAUUGGUCAUUGGUCGAGGUUAAGUGAAUCGGAAAAUGGCGAGCUGCAGCCCAAAUUCAGCUGAUUCUUCUGAAUCCCAUGUAAUGUCGAUAUUCAAAAUGACAAAAGGUUCUGCCAUGCUCAAGGUCAAACGGCAUGGAACUCCUCAGAUUAAGAAGUUUGUAUUAUCAAGAGAUCUCUCUCAUGUACAAUGGGGAACUCCAAAAAAUAAAGGGGAAAAAUCUGUGUUAACUGCACAAAUGACUGAGCUGAUGAAAGGACAAACGACCAAAGUAUUUCAGAACUACCCUGUUCCACAGAGGGAGUCCAUGUCUUUCUCUGUGGUUUACAAGAUUGGUAGAAGUUUACAGACAAUAGAUGUUGUUUGUUUUGACAAACAGCAGUUUGAUACAUGGACAUCAGGGUUACAGGCCUUGAUGAAUGGCUUCAAUGACAGAAAGGCUAUUGAUGAAUUGUAUAAAAGUGGAAAGUAUGGAGAUGACAUAGAUAAUCAUCGUGCACCACUAUCAGAAGAGAUCCCUUUACAACUUAUGGCUCCAAAUGGACAACAGUGCAAUGAAGAUGCUUGUGACCUGUACACGUGGGGUAAUGGCUCAACAGGAAUGUUAGGACAUGGAGAAAAUGCUGAAGAGAAUGUACCCAAAGUUGUAGAGGCUUUGCAAUCAAAGGAUGUGAAAAGAGUAGUCUGUGGAACCACUCACACUGUCGUGUUAACAAACGAAGGAGAAGUGUUUUCUUGGGGUUCAGGUUAUGGUGGCAAGCUUGGACAAGGACAUCUUAGAGACAGAUCGACCCCGCUCAGAGUUGCCACAUUGAAAGAGAUGAAAAUGACAACAAUAGCGUGUCACGAAUUCCACACAGCAGCAGUUUGUGCUACAGGAGAAUUAUACACAUGGGGCCAAGGAGGUCCGAGGCUUGGAUAUGAAAGUGCUGCAAGAAAAGAAAUACUGCCAAGAUUAGUUGAAGGACUCGAAGAACACAGAGUUUCACAUGUGGCUUGUGGGCUGGCCCAUACUCUAGUUUGUACAAAGAACGGACAGUGCUUUGCCUUCGGCGACAACGAGUUUGGCCAACUGGGAAUCGAAGGACCCAGCAUAAGUUAUGAGCCAAUGAGAGCACAGGAGCUGGAAAGUCAUCACAUCUUGUACGUGGCGUGUGGCGCGCACCAUAGUGCGGUGUUAUCCGAUACUGGAUGUCUGUGGACGUGGGGUGAUAACAGAUCUGGUCAGCUUGGAGUGGAAAAUUUGAGCUUCUCGUGCAAUCCAAUUUUGUUGUCAACAUGGCCAGAAUUAAGAAAUCAAGUGAUCAUUGAUGUAAGUUGUGGAGACAAGCACACAGUGUUCUUAUCAAAAAAAGGAAAGCUGUUUGGAAUGGGUGACAACACCGACAACCAGCUCGGAAUAAACCAGAAAAACAAGUCUGGAGAGACAAUCUCAAGGGUGAAUGUUCCCACCCGCAUUCAUUUGUCAGCUCACUUCAGAGCUUCCAAACCCAUACAACUUUCGUGCGGAGCUUCUCAUACAGCCGCUGUUACAGAAUCAGGAGAAAUAUUUACGUGGGGAAAGGGAAAGGCAGGUCGCUUGGGGCACGGUGAUACAAGAGACAGACCAGUCCCUUGUGAGCUGGACAUGGAUGGCAAGCGAGUCCGUUACGUGGAGUGUGGUAAUACACACACAGCAUGCCUUGUCACCAGGGCUUGGGUCUCAGAGGAUUUGGUGAAGAACUGUAUGGCAUGCAAGACAAAGUUUUCAUUGGUGAACAGGAAGCAUCACUGCCGCAAGUGUGGAGGCGUUUAUUGUGCUUCGUGUACUUCUAAACGAACUCCUGUUCUCCAUCUACCUGGAUAUCGCAUCCCUCGACGAGUUUGUGACAGAUGUUACACAGUUCUUCUAGACGACGAGACGUGAGGUUCUCCUAAAAAUUGCAGCCUUCAAGUAAGGCAAAUAAGCACGAAAGUUUGUCUUCGAGAUUGAAGUGAGUCCGCAGUCACUUGUCGUCAUUGACGCUUUUAUGAACACAUGAUGUACCUGAUUGAUUAGCAACGGAUAUGUCUGGACAAGAGCCAGGAAAACUGGGUCGAGUACAUGAAGUUGAGGCUCAGUAGUGAUCUUUCUUCAUAGAAAAGGAAGAUAAGCAAUUUUUUUAUUCUCGUGAGUUGAAAAUCUUUCUUUGGUAUUUCUUUUCUUUAAACCAGUUCCUUUGCGUGACAGGACUCCGUCAAAACUGUAUUUUAAACAGAGUACUUUGUUUUACAAUAUUUUGCCUGUGAAGUUUGCCUGUGAAGUUUGCCUGUGAAGUUUGCCUGUGAAGUUUCCCUGUGCGCCUCUACUUCAUGUGCUAGAAAUAAUUUCCGUGGCUUGCGUCAUAGGCAACCCGAACAUCAAAUGGGUGAAGCAGAUUUAGGAACAAAUUAAAAAAUCAACGAAAAUAUCGAAAAAAGAUCGGAUUAGGCUGUUUUCAAUGUAAAUGUGUAAGUGUACACGGUUUUCAAUAACCACAUUUAUCAUUUAAAAUUCCGUCAAACUCUACUAUGUUCAAACCAAGGAAAUCACUACUGGCUUCAUGGUAUUUUUUUCAGUGACGGAGAUGUUCAGCAGUCGACAUUUCACCAAAAACAUCGCAUUUGGCAAGAAUUAUAGUUUGUUUGAUUUUAUCAUUAUUAUUGUCAUUUUUUAUUAGUAUUACUAACCAAAGUAAAAUGCUACUGAAGGACAACUUUCAACGACUGAUAUUAUCAUUUGAAUUCGUCGAACAAACUUUUUUCCUGCUUCUUUCAUUACCAAAUAUCGCUCUCUAAUCUUGAAUCAAGUUAUAAGCGCAUACUUUUAUCGUAUUAGAAGUAAACACUGAAAACUGGGCAAUAUCUCUUGGGGAAUAUCACGGAUAUUUGGGGCAUAUCCGGUCCAAUGAAUAUUUUAGACCAAUCGGGUGCGAGCAAAAAUCUUUGAUGGAUUAUAGUUAACAACUUUUCACCAAGGUGCAGGUGGAUAUAUACCUAGCUCCGAAGCGGCUUGGUAAAUAUCCACUGCUAGCUACAAACACUGAGGUGAAAAGUUGUUUUAGUAUAUACUAAAACAGUGAGAUAAUAUACCACAACAACAAUUAUUCCGGCAACGAUUACAAAUCCCGCGCGAAUUGCUCGAGGGUAAACAGCAAAGGAUAUCCGGAGUUUGAGUACCCAAUCAGAGCACGCCUUCAACACUACCUACUGUUUUAGUAGAUAUUAAUACUAGAUAUUCCUCACUGUUAGCUGGGAUCUAUUCCAUCAUGUGACGUGUUUAUACUAUGCGCGGAAAUGAAAAUAGUUGAUGGAUUUUAAAGUGUUUUCAAAAUAGGUGCGUGGUAAAUCAUAUCCGUCAAGACGCCGACUGAAGUAUUACCUUUGGUGUUAAAAGGUAACCAUGGGAAUAGCUUUUACAAAUUCAAUUAGAAUGUAAUCUAAUAGGAAUAUUUCUAAAUUGUUCCUUUGUAAAUCAAUAUUUUCAAUAAAAUUAUUAGAUUUGUUUAUCACAGGAUGUUUAACUAAAACAUAAGGGCUCCUUACUGUAAGAGAUGCAGGACACAAUACAACAAACCUUCACUAAC